AUGUGCUCUACUCUAUACCGUCUAUUUUGUGUGACCCUCUCAUUAUAUAAUUCCUCAUUUUCCUUCAUUUCUGCUCCCUGCUCUUUCCAACUCCUUCUCUCUCUCAACUUACCUAUCUAUGGCUUCUAACUAUUCUUUCUCUUCUUCAAUUUCUUCUCCAAAAUCUAGCAUGUUUUACUAUGGUGGAAGUGAAGAUUCCUAUGAUCAACCUCACUUCCUCCAAGCUUGUUUUCUUUGUAGAAAACAUCUUGGCCAAAACAAAGACAUCUUUAUGUACAGAGGGAACACACCAUUUUGUAGCAAAGAGUGCAGACAAGAACAGAUAGAGAUUGAUGAAUUUAAAGAGAACAGUUGGAAGAUUUCAUCCAAAAGAAGUGUUAGAAAUUCAGAAACCAAUCAGAAUUCUACAAACAACACGACUGUGAGAUCAGAAUCAGUUGCAGUGGCCUAGCGUAAUUCACAUGUAUAUGUAUGUUGAAAAAUAAUCCAAAUUUCUGAAAAAAAAUGAUGAACUGGAAAAUCAAGAGCACUUAAUUUCCAUGAUGAAGAUUCAAAUAAAAAAGAAUAUGUUGAAGAGGAAGUUGAUGAUGAAAGGAUUGUUGUUGAGAUUGAGAUGGAUAGAGUGGUUGAAAAGAGAGGUAGAAAAUAUAUCGGAGUAGCUAUAAGUAAUUCAAGCAGAAGAAAAAAGUUGGCAGCUUGCAGUUAAAGCCAACUAACAAAAUGAUAGAGAAUGUCUUAAGAUUGAUAAGUUUGCUAUACUUUAAGAUUUCUUAGUAAUAGAUGUGAAUGAAGAAGACACAUCUUUUAUCUUGGGCAGAAAAUUUCACAAGAAAGCACGAAUAAAGUUAGAUGGACACAAGAACUUUUUUUCAUCAACUCACAAGGUGAUAAGAUCGUCUUAAUCUAUAUUUUUGUUGGUGAGAUCCAUUCAUAAGAUGUAGCGGUGAAGAAGGGAAGGAAAAAAAACAUAUUGUAUUUCAUCUGAUAGACCGAAUAAUACAUAAAGUUACAGACGUUAUGUUGAAAGACAAUUUUGUUUUCUUUCUUGUACACUUGUUUUAAAUGAAAAGUGUGAGUUUUUUGUAAAAGAUUUGUGUGAAUUCCUGUAUUUUGUUGCUUUCAUAAAUUUGCUAGGUGAAAAAUAAUUUUAUAUCAACUUUUGAAUUAUAUUGAUAAAGACAUGUGUACUUGUUUAAAUGUACAUUAGUUGAAAGAGAAAGUCUUCUUA